CGGUCCGAACGAAUCCAAGGAAAAUUAAAAAUGGCCCCCCAGAAGUCGUCCAAGAAGAAGGUUGCUCCUCUGCCCUACAACGUCAAGUCGUCGAAGGGUGCCUCGACCAAGAAGUCGGACCCGCUCUUUGAGCGCCGCCCUCGCUCGUUCGGCAUCGGCCAGGACAUCCAGCCGAAGAAGGACCUGUCGCGCUACGUCAAGUGGCCGCAGUACGUCCGCCUGCAGCGCCAGCGCAAGAUCCUGCGCAUGCGCCUGAAGGUCCCCCCUGCUCUGAACCAGUUCACCCAGACCCUGGACCGCAACACCGCCGUCCAGCUGUUCAAGCUCCUGGCCAAGUACCGCCCCGAGACCAAGCAGGAGAAGCGCGCUCGUCUGACCGCCCAGGCCGAGAAGGUCGCCGCCGGUGAGAAGGCCGCCGAGACCGAGAAGCCCGUGGUCGUCAAGUACGGUAUCAACCACAUCACCUCGCUGGUUGAGUCCAAGAAGGCCCAGCUCGUUGUCAUCGCCGCCGAUGUCGACCCCAUCGAGAUCGUCGUCUGGCUGCCCGCCCUCUGCCGCAAGAUGGGUGUCCCCUACUGCAUUGUCAAGGGUAAGGCCCGCCUCGGCACCGUUGUCCACCAGAAGACCGCCACUGCCCUGGCUCUUGUCGACGUCAAGGCCGAGGACAAGUCUUCGCUUGCUGCUCUUGUGUCGGCUGUCAACGCCAACUUCACCGAGAAGUCGGACGAGAUCCGCCGCACCUGGGGUGGAGGUGUCAUGGGCGCCAAGUCGCAGGCCAAGACCGCCAAGAAGGAGGCCGCUAUUGCCCGCGAGAUC